AUGGCUUGGAUAUUCAGUGGAGAUGGUACUGAUGUACUCCCUUGGAGUUCCUUUGCUAGUUCGAGGCUGCGUAUGAUGGUCGUUAUGUGCAUGUGCUGCUGCGGUGCAAAACGCACCAUGUUCAAGCAAAGAGACAGGGCCGCUUCCUUCGAGUACGUGUUUGAUAGAAAACCGAUGAGUAAACAUGAACCAUCAGAGACCAAAAUAGUAAAUGAUAUUACUCCAGGAACAGACCAACCUAUUGACAAACUCAAGUACCAUACAGAGGUUAUAGAGUCCCUUUUAGAAACUGAAAAGCAGCUCACUUCAGAAUUACAGACGUUAAUAUCAACAUACCUCAGACCACUGGAAUCCGCAAAUGUCCUCACAUUACAAGAUUGGUCAGCGUUAUGCAGCAAUCUAGACGAUAUCCUCAGCUUCCAAAUAAACCUCACAAAAUCAAUAGAAGAAGCUGGAAGACUAGAAGGAAAGCACAGGCGGAUAGGUGCUUGUUUCAUGAAAGUUUCAACUCAAUAUAGGACCCUGUACUCAACCUACUGUGCAAACCAUCCAAAAGCUGUAGCAGUAUUAACGGAUCACAGUGAUGAACUAAGUAGAUUUAUGGAAAUUAAAGGUGCCCCCAGCCCCGGGAUCAUGUUUUUAACGACGGGACUAAGCAGCCCUUUCAGAAAGAUGGAAAAGUACACCGCAGUCCUCAAAGAACUUGAGAGACAUUUACCGGCUGGUCAUCCAGAUAAAAUUGAUAUGUCAACAGCCAUCUCAGUCUAUAAAGAAAUUGCUACAUAUUGCCAAGCAAUGAGGAAACGGAAGGAGAUUGAACUUGAUAUCUUUACUGGUCCUAUCCAAGGCUGGGAAGGAGAAGAAAUUCAUCACUUAGGUGAGGUGAUAGAGAUGACACAGGGUGCCGUUUACAUCGAUGGAGCCAAAUGUGAAAGGUUCUUCCUUGUCUUCCAUCAAUGUCUCAUCAUGCUGUCUCCAACACCAGGAAUGAAUGGCUUUAUCUUCUUGGGAAGGUAUCCCGUCACAUCGGUGCGGGUCAACAGGUUACCGGACACGGAGAAGGAGCAGGGAGCCUUUGAGAUGAAUGCACCCGGUCUUGACAAGACCAAGAUCACCUGUCCGUCUGUCCUGGAUCGAGAGCAGCUGUUUGACGCCAUCGAAGUGGCGCCCUCAAGAGUUCCGCAGACGAACUCAACGCCGUCUCCUGCAAUGUCUGGGUCACCCCCUCCUGUUCCUCCUUCACAGACUGCAGGAAAAGCUGGGGCACCAACAUCUCUCCCGGAAUCCAACCACAUCACGUCCAACAGUCCCAUCCUAGCAAAUUGCCGCGACCUUGCCUCCCCCGUCCCCAUGGCAAUGAGGCACGGCAACGUCAUCACCUGCCUGCGUCCUGCCCCACCCAUCAACCCAAUGACGAUCUGGGCACGCAAGGAGGGUAGUGGAAAGAGCCCCAAGGGCAAGAGGCGUAUGCUUCAGUCCAGUAAAAAGAAAGGGAAAGGAGACAAGAACCUUGAAUCAGCAAUCAUCCAGAAACUAGACAGUCAAGUUUUAGAGGAGGAUAACAGAAUACUGAAAGUGAUAGAGGCCUACUGCACAAGCGCCGGCUCCCGUAAUGCCAGCAACUCAGUUCCCUUGGAGGCGGCGCCUCACGUGUUUCUGGCCGAGGAUGAGAAGAUAAUAGUGGAAGAGACAAAAGGUACCGAGACGGUAGUAGAAGAAAAAACCCUAGUGGAUACAGUGUACGCCCUCCGAGACCAGGUCAAGGAUCUCAUGGACGAAACAAAACGACUCAAAUGCGAUUUGGACGAUGAACGCAAAGCCCGACGGCGGCUCGAGACCUCCGUCAGGCACUCCAUCGCGAAAUACGACAGAGUGGACGAGACGAACUUAUGACAUGUGCAGUCCUUGACGUGUCUCUAAUCUCCUUCCCUUAUGUUGCAUUUCAUCUGCUUUUAUUUUUUUUCGUUGUGGAUGUGUAAUUACACAUUGGCUUUAAUAUCAUCGCUUGAGGCAUUCAUCCUACGCAGAAAUGCGAAAGAAAGCAAAUUUGAGAAGACCCAGAAACAUGCUGCAUGCGACAGUUUAGUGAGCUCAUUCCGGAAUACCCUUCGAUGAACCUUCCAUUGUUUGAAGACAUCUACAGAAUAGCCCACCUGAAAGUGAGACAAGAAAAAUUUGGAUCCUCUUUCUGUUUAUUGACACUACCUGGAUCAUCUGUUAUGAUUUAUUUUUGAUACUCUUCUUUCAUUCAAAUUUACGCAUCAGAUUGACCUUGCGUAGGAAGUUUUGAAGAUGAUUAUAAUUUUUGAUGAGGCAAUUGUACCACAAUUUAUAAGAAGAAAAAGCAUUCUUAAGACUUGAAUCAGGUAUAGAGACUGACAAGAAAUGCAUUCGCGGGAGGGGAAGGGGGGCACUGAACUAUAUUGUUAUAUACUGUACAUGCACUACUAGCUAGAAAAAGUGCAUAAAAAUGGUAGUUUUGCAAUCUAAGAUUUGAUAGUGGUGCAUUUUAAGGUGUAAAAGAAACAACAAAAAGUGAGGAAAAUUGGUAUUUUUCAGUAAUUAUUUCUGAAGAUGUCUCUGGAGUUAAUUUAUUCAUAUCUAGGAGAUGCACUCAGAAAUGCAUUAAUGUGGCACAGCAUUCUGCCUUUAACAUUUUCCAUGUAUUGCAGUCAAGCAGACUUGUAGAAACUACUUUGAAAGGCAUAGAUUGAGAGAAUGUAAUGAAAGUGCAUGAUAUCACAUUUCUGAAUAUAUGACCAGUUUUGCUGUAAAGGCCUGGUCCCACUGGCCAACGGACACAAAACGUACGCAUGACAGAUACAGCGGACAUGCAAAAUUUUGGGGUGGCUCCAUCCGUUUUCAUCCGCUCCAGACAAUGGACAAAAUGGGCGAACAAUGAAAUCACAGUGGACGGAUGAUAGAUGGAUAUAGAGCUUAUGAAACACGUAUGCAAAGAGUACACAACGGAUACAUAACGUUUUCCAACGGAUGGCAAGAUUCUUUUCCGUUUUACAUCCUCUCUGCAUCUUUAAGUGCAGUGGGACCAAGCCUUAAGGAAAGUAUGAAUGUUUUUAUUCUUGAUAGAUGUUGAAAAGGGGGAAAAUUACAAGAGAUGCAAUAAAGCAGAAAAGAAUGUUAUAAUUUACACAUUGGAAAAUAAACAGUUUUUAAAACUUAGUGUGAGCCAAAGAAGUGUUGAAAUAAGACAAAAAGAUUUUUAUUAAGGUUCUCUCUCUUUUAUGCCUUUUCUUUAGUAUCAUGUUUUCAGUACGAGUCUGCUUUGACAUGCGUCUUACAAUGAUUCUAAUUAAUUCCUUUUAAAUCUACUCUAAUAUUUAAUGAUAACUCGUCUUCCUCGUUUCUAUCCUAUGGUGGCUCAUAAGGUUAAUGAUCCUUGUGUACUUGUAAAAAAAUCUUCACUAUACUGCAGAGCAUCAAAAAAAGGAUAUUGAUCAAAUACAUCUGGUUUUCUAACUUCAAAUAUUGUUUAAAAAGGAAAAUCAACUUUGCAUUAGGAAGAUCAGAAAAGGGGACAAAUUUGUCUUUUUUCAGGAUUGAAAAGAUUUGAAUGUAGAUGUGUAUAGCAUAGAGAUCUUUUUCAUAUUUUAAGCAAGUUUGGUCAGAAGGAGAGGUUUAGACUGUUUUUUAUAAUAGAUACAGUACAUUCAUGUCGCAUUUACAAUCUUCCAAUGGCUAGCCUACAAAAUUAUAUUACACAGAAUUCACUGUAUUUAAGAGAGAUCGCAAAGUAUCACUCUUCGCUAGAUAUUUAUUGGGAAGCUUUUUGUUGGACGCAGUUCUCUUACAUUGCUUUCUUUUCGCGGACAAAAUUUAUUUGAAUAAACACCGGCCCAAAGGGUGGUAGAUGUCAAACAAAGAAGCUUUAGUUUGAUUUGGUCUAUUUAAAAAUACUACUGAUAUAUAUUAUAUAAAAUAGGAUUGAUUUAACAUAUGUUAUUAAUGAGGUGUAAUGCACUUGUGCAGAACAUAGAAAUGAAAUAUUUUCAUUCGCAAAACAUGUUCAGUCGUAUUGUACUAUAUACGUCAUUUUGUACGUUUCUCUCGCAUUGAGUGAGACAAUGGGGGCCUGUAAAAUAUUAGCGUGCCCGCCACUGUUUGUAUAAAGAGAAAGGAAAAAGGAAAUAGUAAUUUUUAUAUUGAUAGAUACUUAGCAUCGUGUCUUUGGAACACUAACCAUUAAGAUAUGUUAAUAUUGAGCCCCGUUCGCACCUGACACAGUAAAUCACUUCUAAAAGUCAACUGCAUGUAUUGAAAUAUAAUUAUUGUGAAUGAACUUGUGGGGGGCUUUGGUAUUGUGGUUUAUUGACUCGUCUGUCAAUAUUGUUGAAUGGUUCAAAUAUUAGGAGUGGCUUACUUUCAGGGUGGUUUACUGUGUUUGGUGCAAACAGGGCCUCACUGGGCAAGAUACAUAGUACUGGAACGUUAAUCUUAUGAUAUAUGAUAUAUGUAUAUAGAACAUGAAAUUCUCAGCUCCAACACUUAAUGUAAUCUUAGAUUGAUUUAUAUGUUUAAUAUUACACGAUAUUUUUUGAAGGGUUUUACUUUUGUAUCAUGUGCAUUAUGUAUGUGAGGGAUCAGAUUGGGAUAUUUCAUGGAUUUUAUUUGUACGUUUAUUUUUGUUUCACAUUUUCUGUGCAGUUUUGGUUCCUACCCCUGGAUGAUGUAUUUGUGGCCCAGUAAGUCAGCUUUAGUUUCUUGUUGGGAAUAUUUGCCAGAAAAUCACAAUUGCCCAUAUUCUUAACUCUGGUUUGAUAUAAAUUCUGGUUUAAAUAUGCUGUUUAAGUAUGGAGAGCCUGAUGUAACAUACAUCUUAAACAUAACAGGCUCAUUUUAUUAGGUUAGUUUAUUUGCUCAUUCAACCAACACUCAAAUCAUUCUCAAUAUUGUCAGGAAAUGAUAACUAAAAUGGUUUUCUUUACCAUUACUACAUGAGGAAAGAGCAAAAUAAACAUUAGAAAUAAACAAUGUAAACAAAAUGUUGAUAUUUUCAGCUUCCCAUAAUUGUAGCACAGAGUAAGACCAUAAACUAGUCUUCAGAAUACAGUCCAUUCGUUUUGUUGAAAUCAAAGAGUUGGUUGAAAAAUAAUCUCUGAUUUAAUUUCCUCUUUGAAUAUUUCGAGUAAAAAGAUGAAUAUGAUUGAAACCUUUCCAUAAACUCCUCUUAUCAAGGGAGCCAAUCUUUUCUGUAUGAGCAGACACCCGUAACACAAAGCUUAGCAAUCAUUGUGGAACAUUUUUCUACGAUUGAUUGCAUUGACUGCAAUGUACAAUUAAUCAUGAAAUCAAGCGUACGAUUAAUUGCGUGUAUUAUGGAGCCCUGGGCUCCAUAACACAAAGGUUAGCGAUUAACUGUACGCUUGAUUUUUACGAUUGAUUGUACAUUGUAGUCAAUGCAAUCAAUCGUAGAAAACUGUUCUACGAUCAUUGCUAAAGCUUUGUGUUACGGGUCCCUGGUCUCUAUGGACAGGUUAAUUUUGCACAUGCUCCAACGAAAGACCAUAUUCAAUGCAAAUUAAUGGAAUAUAUUCAGGGGCGAUGCCACGUUAGUUUGAUAGAGGGAGGAUGACCCAAAGGUUGACCUUUUUUUGUAAUUGAAUAUACGGGGUAAUCUCAAGCCUGACUUACAUGUACAUGUACCAUGACCCGGCUUUUGAUAUUCUUUCUUUCUUAUAUUAUUUGUUGCCUCUCUUUCCACUUUUUUUUUACUUGGAAAGUUAUAUAAGUGGGGGGGGGGCAGUUACACCUGCCCCUAUGUGGCAUCCUUGAAUAUAUUAUAGAUUAUUAUUAUUGCUAUCAUGUACUGUCAAACAGCAUUAUCUGAGGAAUAGAUGCAGACUAUUCAUUCUUCAGUUGGUUAGAUCUGGGCCCAUUGCAUAAAAGUUACUUUUAUGCUAACUUUGCUAUCCAAUGGUAACUACCAUGGUAACACUGAUCAACAUCCAAUCAAAAUCCAGGAUUCCAGACAAGUUACCACAUGAUGGCAGACUUGCCAUAACAGUAACUUUUAUGCAAUGGGGUCCAGAUUUAUCUUGCUUUUCCUUUCAUGAAAAAAAAAAGAAUUGCGGCCAUCUAACAAUCUAAUAUAAACUGUUGUUAGGCAAAGGACGAUCGUAUUGAAGAUAUCAGUAUGUGACAGAUAUUUUAGUAGAGCAAAAUUUCGGUUUUUAUCCAGUUUGCAUUGAAUUUUACAGAUUGUGUGCAAGAUGUGAGUGACCUUUGACUUUCCAUUUCAACCUUUGGUUUUUCAGUUUCAAAUAGUUGUAUUUUUAAAUUCUAAUGAGUUAAAGGGAUUAAUCAUCUACUUCAAAUGAAUUAGAAUAUAAGCAAAAUUAUAUACUAGUAGAUAUAUGGAUAUUAGAAAACAAAUCAGCAAGGGCUUGAGGGGAAAUUUGACUGAAAACAUCAAAGUUGUGCAGUUAAGAAGUGGCAAUUGCUCAGAUGCAAAGUUGCGAUCUUUUGAUUGAUCUUAUGUGGUCCUCUUUCAUAUGCUGUUUACCGUAUAAGGGGUUGUAUCGAACAGCCUUCCAUACAUACAUACACCUUCCAUACACCAUACUGUAGGAAAACUAAAAUUGAAAGCCAACUGAAAGGUUUUUCUCCUGGUAUCUUAACAUGAUAAAUAUAUCAUGUUCUAAUAAUCUCAUUCGAAUCGUAGAAAAUAUCCUAUUUUGUACUACAAUUAUUAUGAUUAUUGCUUAUACCGGUACUUCACUAAUUUGAAAGAAAAAACAAACUCAACUUUUUUAUUUUUUAAGGCAGGUCAGAGAGGACCACACAAUAUCAUAUGCGUCUUAUUUUGUUUCAUUAAUUACAACUUCAGAUUGUUACUUUGAUAUUUUUAAUCAAAUUGUCUUGAAUAAAGUUAUUAAUCUUGAUUCAUCCUUUACAGUUGGGCUACAUUUUACAUCUUAUCCAAGGGGUAGAUAGAGCCAUAUACUUCUAUUUUUUCAUACGCAGUAAACAAAAAUUAAUAACUUAAAAUAUAAUUCAUCAUCAUUGCAUUUGUAAAUGUCUUAUCAUUGAUAGGUGAACCAUUAUUGAAUUUUCAUAUCUUAAUUUCUUAUAUUUUAUUCAUCGGUGAUAUUUUCACUGAUUUUAUUUUGCUCUGUUAUCAUAUCGAGAUAUUAUACGAUUUUUACUUUUCGUAAGUUAUUUACACUGAUGGAGCCUGAAAUUUUUGUGAGAAUUUAUAUAAUUGUUCUCUUGAUAAGUGUUUACUAUCUAUAUUGUGCAUUUAGACCAUGAGAAUAAAAUAUUGCACACCACAAGUUAUCAGUGAAAUAAAACAUGCAAAAAUAUAA